AUGGCAGCUCUGGCUAUACCUCACAUAUGCUGCGGAAGCACUGAGAAGAAAGGACGGCUGGCACCUAUGGAGCGGCAAGAGGAGGGGGCCAGCUGCCCGGAGCCAGGGCUUUUGCUCUGCGUGGAGGACCCUGCCUGGAGACCCCGAUGUGAACGUGGCCUUAAGGCCACGGUAAACAAAUGUGAGGACAAAGCCAUGCUCGGGACCCCCGGGGUGCGGGGUACAGGAGCGGUUCCGCUGGGGCACCCCCGGGGCUCCGAGGGAAGGCAAAAGGGGAAAAGCCACAUCGCCUCCGGUGGCUACGGGAAACAUUAUAAACACCACUGGUUCCCAGAAAAGCCAUGCAAGGGAUCAGGUUACCGAUGUAUCCGGAUCAACCAUAAAAUGGAUCCUCUCAUUGGACAGGCAGCACAGCGGAUUGGAUUGAGCAGUCAGGAACUGUUCCAGCUUCUUCCAAGCGAACUCACUCUAUGGGUUGACCCGUAUGAAGUGUCCUAUCGUAUUGGAGAGGAUGGCUCAAUCUGUGUGCUGUAUGAAGCUGCACCAGCAGGAGGUAGCCAAAAUAACACCAACAUGCAAAUGGUAGACAGCAGAAUAAGCUGUAAGGAGGAACUUCUCUUGGGCAGAACUAGCCCUUCCAAAAGCUACAAUAUGAUGACUGUAUCGGGUUAAGAUAUAGUCUGUGGAUGGAUCACCUUAAAAUGGAUGGAUAAAUUUGGUUUUUACUUUGGGUGGGCACCUCUGGGGAUGGAUUAUGGAAUUUAAACCAUGUCACAGCUGUGAAGAUCUGGCACACGUUAGAGUGGUAUACUUUAAAGUGACAGUGCCAUAGUUUGGACAGUACCUUUCAGUGAUUUAAUAGCCUGUGAGUCAAAAUGAUUGCAACUUGCUAGGGAGUGAAGAAGAUCUAGGAAGGGUCAGUUUCUCCAAGACAUCUUACUUAAUUUCUACACCAAUUUUCAACCCCAAUCUGUAUUUAUAAAGUGAUUCUCUGCAGUAGGUCUUGCAGAGUAAAUUUGCACUAUUACAUUUAUUAAUUGUUAGCAUUUUUGGCAGCUCAGUAACAAGACUUAUUGUUAUGAACACGAUAGUACUGGAAAUUUUAUUUUUCAGACUUUUACCUAGCACUUACAAAUAUGUAUAAAUGUACAUAAGAUAAACUAGUAAGUAUGACCUGGGGAAAUGGUCAGAUCUUUACAUUGGCCUCAAAAGUAGCAAGUGAUCAGAAUCUGCCAUGGCAACAGGCUUUAAAAAGACCAUAUAAAGACACUGUCUGAACUGUGGUGUUAGCACCAGCCAGCUAUCUGUACAUUUGCUAGCUUGUAGUUUUCUAAGACUGAGUAAACUUCUUAUUUUUAGAAAGUGGAGGUCUGGUUUGUAAUUUCCUUGUUCUUAAUUGGGUAAAAGUCUUUUCCACAAACCACCAUCUAUUUUGUGAACUUUGUUAGUCAUCUUUUAUUUGGUAAAUUAUGAACUGGUGUAAAUUUGUACAGUUCAUGUAUAUUGAUUGUGGCAAAGUUGUACAGAUUUCUAUAUUUUGGAUGAGAAAUUUUUCUUCUCUCUAUAAUAAAUUGUUUCCUAUCUUGGCAUUUUAA